CGGCUCUGUCCUCAUUCCUCAUGUAUGUGAGGCACGCUGGUGUGAAUAUCUGAAAACUAGGAGUUCGAGCAAGAGACGGAAAGGAGAAAAAAUCGAAGCUCCCUCGUUACAGCACAUCCCAAACACGACUUUCAUCGAAAAGCCUGAUAUCGCAACUGUUGAAGAGUCAUGUGGACCGUUCCAGAAUUAUCAGAAAUUCAACAGACGUUGCGAAAUGCUUCGUCCCCCAUCGGCAUGCGAAUGAGGGCAGCGUACUACGCAAAGCAGCUUUUCGUUGACCUCCAAAAAGAGGAAAAGGGGGAAGAAAACGAUGGCGGCAUUAAAGACGACAGCAACCAAGCCGAAAGAKCACGAAAAAUGAACGACAUUGUCACCGUGUUGUGCGACCAAGUCUUUGUGGAGGAACACGGUAGCUUGCUCCGCCACGAGUUUGCGUACGUGCUGGGACAGAUGAAAACCGAGGACGCUUGCACCGCUCUCGAAAACUUGCUAUCAAGAGAAGGCGACUGCGUGAUGGUUCGACACGAAGCGGCGGAAGCCUUGGGUGCAAUUGCGUCGCCGCAAUCAAGAGCCGUGUUAGAAUCCACCCGAAUCAAAUACCAAGGGGUCCUAGACGAAUUAUCCGACACAUGCCUAUUGGCUUUAAAUCGAAUUGAUCACGAAAUCAGAAAGAAAAGUGGCGACGGCAACAACGACAAUUCCCCUGUCGUGGGAUGCGCCUGUAUGUUAGCCCCCUUCAAUUCGGUCGAUCCAGUGGAGGUCGAUCCUGCCCACGUUUCUUUGUCGACAGAAGAGUUGGGUGAAAUUCUUCUCAACACGAAUGGCCGUACCUCGGAUGAAACAAGUGAAAAAUCCACGAGAGGGAGAGGAGACUUGAUCGAGCGAUACAGAGCAAUGUUUUCGUUGCGAAAUCGAGGCGGAGAAGAAUGCGUCAAACAGCUUUGCCGUGCAUUGGUCGAAGAUACUUCUUCUCCGUUGCUCAGACACGAAGUAGCCUUUGUCUUGGGGCAGCUUCAGCAUCCAUCGAGUAUAUCUGCUCUUGAAGAGUCUUUGUCAAGAUUAGAUGAACACGCGAUGGUGCGACACGAAUCGGCGGAAGCAUUAGGUGCUAUCGAAGGAACUUUUGAAGAUUGGCAGCGAAUCGAAUCCAUGCUGACCCGUUACCAAAAGGACUUUGAUCCGGCAGUUGCAGAAUCGUGCAUCGUUGCACUGGAUGCUGCUGAUUACUGGGRUCAUGACAAAACUGACCCCAAUUCCGAACAUGCAUCGAACGAAGACGAUAKGGAACAGCUAGACCUACAAGAAACAUCAACAGCAAAAGCCAUGGGGGGAGCAUUCGGAAAACAAAAACACGAUUCAACAUUAGUGGAAAGCUGUGAGAUACGGAAGCAAAUAUUGUCUCAACAYUUCAACGUUGUACAAACAGCAUAAAUUUUAUAAUUGAAAAUUAAGGUUGACUCGUAUC